AUGGAGCGGCGUGGUCGGGUGGAGGCGUUCGGGCUGCUGGUCUGCUUUCUGCUGCUGGACCCGGGUCUGGCUCAGGUCAGACACCCCCUCCCCGUGCUGUGGAUGAUGCCGGUCAGCUCGAGGUCCGGGGGGGAGAACCUGACCGCCGCUGUGGCGCCUGCUGUCAGACUGGCUCUACAGGACCUGCAGAGACAACCACCACCCCUCGGGAACUACGAGAUCCAGCUCCAGCUGCUGGACUCACAGUGUGACGCUCCUAAAUCCCUCAAAGCUCUGUUCGACGCUCUGUGGGCGGGGCCAAAGUUCCUCCUGCUGUUUGGAGGGGUGUGUCCAGCGGUGACAUCACUCAUCGCUCGCUCUCUGCCCGCUCUGAACCUGGUGCAGGUGUCCUUCGCCGCCUCGUCCCCCAGUCUGUACAACAGGAAGUGGUACGGGAACCUGUUCAGCAUGGUGCCGUCAGACCGGGCUCUGAACCAGGCCACCCUCAAACUGCUGCAGCGCUACAGGUGGAGCAGGGUCGGUCUGAUCACACAGGAGGGACCCAGACUCUCAGAGAUGAAGAAGGAUCUGAUGAGGCAGCUGCUGAAGGCCGAGGUGCAGGUGGUCUCCUCACAGAGUCUCUCUGCAGACGUCUGCAGCAGCCUGAGGAGGCUGAAGGAGAGCGAUGUGCGGAUCAUCAUCGGACUCUUUGAGGAGGACUCGGUCUCGGAGCUCUUCUGCUGUGCCUACAGACUGAACCUGUUUGGACCUCGGUACCAGUGGUUGGUGUUGGAUGGGGGCUCAGGGGGCUGGAGGCUGGGCUGGCAGGUUUCUGGAUGUGCAGUGGAGAGCCUGCUGACGGCUGCAGACGGAUCCAUCAGACUGCAGACCCGAGGCCUCGGCAACCCCAACACAGUCGGACUCUCCGGACGGACCCCUCAGGACUACCGAGACUCCUACCUGAGGGAGCUGGCCCAGGAGGGGUCAAAGGUCAGCUCCCUCCACAGCUUCGCUUACGACGCGGCGUGGGCGUCGGCCAGAGCUCUGAGUCAGGUGAUGGAGGCGGUGAAGAACAGAGAGAGGUACAGCGUGCAGAGGAACGUCAGCGUCAGCCCAGAGGAGGUUCACAAGAUGCUGCUGGAGGCCGUGAAGACCACCACCUUCGAGGGAGUCACUGGUCCAGUGUCCUUCAGAAACGGGGAGAGGAUGACGUCCAUCGAGCUGAUCCAGCUUCAAGGCAUCAGCGGCGUGUCCGUCGGAGAGUUCAGUACCUCCACCCAGCAGCUGCGAGUCAUGAACCACCUGCUGAAGUUCAAAGGUCCAGGACCCACCAGAGACCAGACUCUGGUCCUGGAGCAGUGGCAGCAUGUCAGCUUCCUCCUGUACGGCGUUGUGUCGUCAGCCGCAGCCGUGACCAUCGUCAUCGCUCUGACGGCGCUCUGCUUCACCUGCUGCAGCCGGAAACUCAGGACCCUCAGGUGCAGCGGAGGGUCCCGGGACGAGCUGCUCCUGCUCGGCAUCCUGCUCUCCUCCUCCUCAGUCCUGGUCUCCGGUCUGGAUGAAGCCCUGCUGUCGGACCAGACGUACCAGAUCCUGUGCUCUGUCCGUCUGUGGACCCUCUGCGUGGGUCACACUUUGGUCUUCGCUGUGCUGUUCACCAAAGCUUGGAGGGUUUACUCUCUCUGGACCACCAAACACACGCCCACUCGUCUGCAGCAGACCGGCAUCGUGGUGUUCUGGCUCUUCCUGCUGGAUGUGUUUGUUUUGGUCUCCUGGCAAAUCCUGGACCCCCUCAGACGGGUGGUGCUGCAGCAGAGCUUACAGAGUAACUCCUCGGAUCAGGACGUCGUCGUCCAGCUCUUCUCUGAGCGCUGCGGCUGCAUCAACAUGGACCUGUGGCUCACCGCUGUGUACGGAUACAAAGGCCCCCUGCUGGGUCUGGGAUGUUUCGUGGCGUGGAGCAUCAGAUCUGUGCAGGUGGAUCACCCUGCAGUCGGCAGCAAACAGCUGACUCUCAGCAUGUUCGCUGUGACCGUGUUCAGCGUCUCCGGAGUGACAGGAUCCCUGCUGACCUCCCACAAUCCUCCUGUUCAGUUCUGUGUGAUCAGCAGCCUCGUCCUCUGCUGCAACAUCUUCACGCUGAGCUGCGUGUUCGGGCCGAAGGUUGUGUACGUGUGUCUGCACAGCGGCGAGCUGCAGCCGCCGUCAGACCAAGAAGAAGAAGAAGAAGAAGAAGAAGAAGAAGAAGAAGAAGAAGAAGAAGAAGUAGAAGAGGAGCAGAGGAGGAGGAGGAGGAUGAACCAGACGCUGAAGAGUCUGACCGAGCAGCUGGAUCUACAGAUAGAAACCAUCACCAUGCAGCUCUGUGAAGACCAGUCAGCUGAUUCUGACCUGAAGUCUCACAACACGACAACGAGAGGACAAAACAACGGUGAGGUCCGGUCCGUGGUGUCGGCUCUGAUCUGUUCUGAGGACACAAACUCAGAGAGGAAACCUCCGAGUCCGGACGACAUCAACUCUCCUGAACACGUGCGGCGCCGUCUCUCCGUCCAGCUGCCCAUCCUCCAUCACUCCUACAUGCCCGUCAUCGGGGGGGUCAGCGCCAGCAGCUCCAGCCUGUUCGGCAGCCGGGAGGCCUUCGUCCACCACGACCUGCUGAUCCCCACAUGAACACCUUUUUAUUGACUUUACUGACGAACACAUUUUCAUUCCUAAUCACCGGGACAUAAACCCAAACAUGAGACUAUUCAGAUCUAAACUUCCUCACAAAAACACGCCAGAAAUACAUGACAGAAAAACUGUGUGACUGUGUUUGUGUCAGAGUGGAGAGCUCCAGGUGUGUGACUGUGUUUGUAUCAGA